AUGUCCCAGUCGCCCAUGAUUUCGGUGCCUGUCAAGGCCACCAACGAAAUCGAUUGGGUCACGCCGCUCAAGAGCUACAUUCGGAACACCUAUGGUGACGACCCCGAGCGCUAUGCCGAAGAGUGCGAGACCCUCAACCGACUACGCCAGGACAUGCGCGGCGCCGGAAAGGAAAGCACUUCAGGUCGGGACAUGCUCUACCGAUACUACGGCCAACUCGAGCUGCUCGACUUGCGCUUUCCGAUUGACGAACAGCACAUCAAAAUCUCCUUCACAUGGUUCGAUGCAUUUACCCAUAAACCUACGACGCAGUACUCUCUGGCCUUCGAGAAAGCCUCCGUCAUCUUCAAUAUUUCAGCCAUUCUCUCCGCUCACGCCGCCCUUCAGAACCGCGCCGAUGAUUCGACCCUCAAAAUUGCAUACCACUCCUUCCAGGCCUCUGCUGGCAUGUUUACAUAUAUCAAUGAGAAUUUUCUCCACGCGCCGUCUUUUGACUUGAGCCGAGAGACCGUCAAAGCAUUGAUCAAUGUCAUGCUUGCCCAGGCGCAAGAAAUCUUCAUGGAGAAGCAGUCCAAGGACAAUACCAAGAUUGCCCUCCGCGCCAAGCUGGCCGCGCAAGCGGCAUAUCUCUACAGCCAAGCCCUAGAAGGCGUACAGGAAAAUGUCACAAAGGCCCUCUUCGAAAAGGGACUGGCUGACGAUCAAGCCAAUCAACACGGAAUUGCCGUGGCGCGCUUCAUGGCUGCCGAGGCUCUUGCAAAGGAAGCCGAUAGACUUGCCAGAAACUUUCCCAGCAACGUGCCUUCAAGCUCGAAUCUAAGCGCAGAGACCGGCGCGCAACUACAGGAACUUUGCAAGCGCCAUUACUCUGCCGUUCAAGAUAAGCACAAAGAAGCACUCAAAGACAAUGAUUACAUCUACCACCAAACUGUUCCGGCCGAGGCCAGUCUCCCCGCAAUUGCCAAGCUUCCCGCAGCGAAGCCCAUCCCCGUCAGCGAGCUGUAUGCGGGUCAAGAUAUCCAGCGCAUAACCGGGCCCGACCUGUUUGCCAAAAUUGUACCCAUGGCCGUCACAGAGUCCGCCAGCCUUUACGACGAGGAAAAAGCAAAGCUCGUCCGAGCCGAAACCGAAAAGGUCGAUACUGCUAAUGGCGAGAUGGCGGCUAGCUUGGAUUAUCUGCGACUUCCCGGCGCACUGCAGGUACUGAAAGGCGGCUUCGACCAAGACAUUCCACCAGAUGAGAACUUCCGGCAAUGGUGUGAAGACAUCGCUACGCAUGACGACCCUGCUUCGAUAUUCGAAUUUUUAAACUCGGAAAAGCGAGCCAUUAUCAAGAAACUGGAAGAGAGCUCAACGUCUCUAGACAGAGAGGAGGGCGUCUGCGAAAAGAUGCGAUCCAAAUACAGCGCCGAGUGGAGUCAACAACCCAGUGCGCGUCUCACAACAACUCUGCGAAGCGAUAUUCGAGGUUAUCGUGAAGCACUGGACGAAGCUUCGCGAAGCGAUGGACAAUUGGCGAGCAAGCUGCAGCAAAAUGAACCUGACUUCAACGAAAUGCGUGAUGCCGUGAAUUCGGGUCAGGUUGACCAAAUGUUCACAAGGGCCAUCUCGCAAGCUCGAGCUCGCAGCAGCCAGGCUACUAGCCCUGCUGGGAUUGAACCAAACCUGCUGGAUGCCGACUUUGGCGAGAGUGGACCAAGUGUAAUGGAUCAAAUAGCCAUCAUUGAAGACAUUCUCAAGAAGCUCAAUUUGAUCAAGCGCGAGAGAAAUCAAGUACUCAAGGACCUGAAGGAAAAGAUUCACAACGACGAUAUUUCCCAGGUAUUGAUUCUCAACAAAAAGUCAAUAUCUAAUUACGAGAACCAGCUGUUCCAACAGGAAUUAGAAAAGUUCAGGCCUCAUCAAAACCGUCUCUUGCAAGCCAACCACAAACAAUCGGCUCUCAUGAAGGAGCUGACUUCCACAUUCAACGCCCUGCUGCAAGAUAGGCGAGUGCGCUCAGAACAAAGCAAGUAUGAAACUGUCCAACGGCAGCGCUCCUCUGUCAUCAACCGGUACAAGCGCACGUACCAAGAAUUUCUCGACCUGUAUGCCGGACUACAAAGUGCCAAGAACUGGUAUGGCGAAAUGAGAGACACGGUGCAGAGCUUGGAGAAGAAUGUAGAGACUUUUGUCAAUAAUCGCAGAGCCGAGGGCGCACAACUUCUUGACCAAAUCGAAAGAGACAAGUCAUCGAACCGCAGCAACCAAGCUGCGCUCGAACAAGAGCGUCUUCGCGGUCUCAUGGAGCGCAUGAAUAUGGAAGGCACAAAAUCACCACCGCAAAAGUCACGACCAGCUCCGGCCCCCUUGUUCCAGUCGGGACAAGCGCCGCGUUACCAGCAACCAAACACUUACCAGGGCCAAUACCAAAUGCCAAACUCGCCGCCAGCGCACCAGCAGACAUAUGGCGGGUACUCGAGCCCGGCUCCCCCAGCCAGCACAUUCUCACAGCCCACUUACAACCCGAGCCAGUACGGAAUCACCCCAGGACCGACGUCACCUCCGCCGAACCAGACAUCAUUUGGUAUGAACACAAUGCGACAAGGCCCUCAGUCACCUCCACCGAACCAGACAUCAUUUAGCAUGAACACAAUGCGGCAAGGCCCUCAGUCACCACCGGCGACGCAAACCUCAUUUGGGCAUACGCAUCAGCAACCUUACCAGAGCUACCACCAGCGCUCGUACUCAUCGCAGUCGCAGUCGCAGCACGUGCAGCAGCAACACGCGCAGCCGGGCUAUGUGCCUCCAGGAUUCGUCCCCCCACCGCCGCCGCCGGGGCCUCCGCCACUGGGGCCGCAACAGACUGUACAUUACGGAAACCAGGAUUAUGACCCUACCGGAGGCCGUCCACCUGGCUCGCAAGCUCGGUCUGGCCAGGGGCAGCAACCUCAUGAUCCCUGGGCAGGGCUGAGCGCGUGGAAAUAA